CCGCAUGAUCUCUCGUCCAGCUCUUCCAGAGUGUAAUGUGGAUCUGAUUCUGUCUGAGGUGGACAUGCUCACAUGAUCAUGAACUUCAACCUCACGAACCCAACGUACUUUCUGACCUCAGGAGAAGGUCAACCCAGCAGCAGCUUGCCAGAUCAUGCUGUCACCUCGUCCAAUCAAAGCGGGGCGCCCGUGGUGGAUGACACCUCACCUGAGGAAGACGAUGUGGGGAUCAAAGUGCUCAAAGGAAUUUUCCUUUCCCUCUGCAUUCUCAUCGCCAUUGGUGGCAACCUCUUAGUUUGUACAGCCGUUUUCACAGAGCGGAGGCUGAAGCGGGUCAAGAACAACUACUUCAUCGUGUCCCUGGCAGUGGCUGAUCUCUUGGUAGCCUGUGUGGUCAUGACGUUUGCCAUGCCCAACGAGAUACAAAAUGAAUGGAUGUUUGGAGCCGUCUUCUGUCACAUCUGGAUUUCUUUUGACAUAAUGUGCAGUACUGCCUCAAUUCUUAAUUUGUGCGUUAUUAGUUUUGAUCGUUACAAACACAUCCACAACGCUAUGUAUUACGACACGUGGAUGACCACACGUAAAGCUCUGGUGCUCAUCAUUUCUGUGUGGAUUCUCUCUGCCCUCAUUUCUUUCUUGCCAAUCCACCUGGGUUGGCACAAAUCCUCUUCCUCGCCCCCACCCACUGCUUUGUAUAACAACCAUACCUCAAGCUUCAACACCACGACCUCAUCUUUCAGGAACACAACACCGUUUCGUAGGGCGUCAACUGAAGACACAAUGCACAUUUUAGACUCUGACGAUCAGUGCAUCAUGGAGCUGAACUUUGUCUACGCUCUUGUUUCCUCCACCAUUUCCUUCUACGUCCCUUGUCUCGUUAUGCUCGUCAUAUACUUCAAACUGUUCCUGUUCGCGCGUUCGCACGCCGUCAGCAUUAGGUCCAUGAAGCGCCCGGCGCUGUCUGCCGGCAGACAACCGGUCUCGAACGGAUCUUCACGCUCCUCCAUCCGGGCGUCUGACCACAAGGCGGCCUUCACAUUGGGGGUCAUCACAGGCGUGUUUCUCGUCUGCUGGCUCCCUUUUUUCAUCAUCAAUCCCAUCUCGGCGUACGAUCCGUCGCUGAUACCUCCCAAAGUCUUCGUCAUCGUCACGUGGGCUGGUUACGCCAAUUCGUGCCUCAACCCUAUCAUCUACUCCAUUUUUAACACAGAGUUUCGUGAAGCCUUCAAGCGUAUUCUCUGUCUGCGCACGUGCGGAAGAGGUGGGGGAGGGAGUGGAGCGUAUCUUCCGCCACCUUCAAAAUCUUCAGCUUCUCGUAACAAGUUUCGGAAGUCGGAAUACGAGGCACACAGCUCAGACAAUGGGUCAAUUCUGAGAAAAACAAGCAGAGACCAUUUAUUCAAUGACAAAAUCACGAGACUUUGAUAAGAGGAAAAUAUGUAUUGGAAAGGGAGAGAUUUUUAUACGUAAUCCGACAGUACCGAGGAAAGCACAGCUAUUUCGUGCACGCUCAAUGGGAUGAUUAUUUCUAGAGCUAUGUUCAUCAGAAAAGACGGAAUCGAGGAUGAACAUUUCUGAGGUGGCCUUUAAAAUGUUAAAACAGUAAUACUGUGUGUUAAUGAACAUGUAAUGCUUGCUUCCUAUGGAAGAGUUUUCACGCGGUAGUCGGCAUUUGAUAAAAAAAAUGUCUACUGCGAAUAUGUUUAUGAAAGUAACGACUUCAGAAAGGAAUGCGGCUUGCUAAGAUGUGUGUUGCUGAGUCUCGCAGAAUUGAACGGUGGGCCAUGAAGUCAGAGUGAUACCACAGCUCUUGGAACGUUGCAUAAAAUUGUUUUUCACAAUGCAUCAAACUUUUUCGCACAAUUCGUACACGCACCAUUUCAAAAGAAAACGACAAGGUCGGAUGGGGUUUUUUAAACACUAAUACAGAGUAAUAGGUAUGUUUUCUACUUCAAGAGUGACUGUCGUUUGAAAGUUAAACAUGGACCUUUUCGCAAUAAUUUUAUUUCCACAAAGUGGCAUGAUAAGGUGAUUUAUUGUGUGCAGCUGCUUGGGUGCUUACAGAUUGUUUUGCCAAUGACGACGGGUUAGAAAGUUGCAGAAUACCAUUUACCUUUACUACAAUGAUGUCUCAAUUUCAGGUUCCUAUUGGCUUUUUAACUUUGCAGAUUGCUUAGUGUUUUCGUCUUCAUGAUUCAUUGACAACAGCAACAAUACAAUGUACUUCAUUGUCAUCAUGUUACACAUACAAAUGUGCUCGUUGUAGUACUGGGCAAAGUGCUACCAUCAAGAUCAUGAACGAAACUCAUCCAGAUUCCAGUGUGUAGGAAAGACUUGUAUUAACUUUUAAUUUUUAACAUUCUUCAAACACUUAGUAGGUCACAAGGAAGGGGUAGAGCCCGGUUCUCGUCAGAACACUGGGUAGAUGUGAUAGCACUGCGAACAGGUCGAAGAUACUUUAAA